CCACUUACUUACCUUAGUUCGCGCAGAUCCAAACAACGACAACAACACGACUUUUGAGGAUUGUUAUUUUCUGCGCUUUUUACGUGUAGAGCUUGGAUACAGAAAGAAGGAGAACUGGAAAAUUCGCAAAGAUGAGCGGGGGUUGGAAUACUAUCGAAUCCGACGCCGGAGUCUUCACCUUCCUCCUCGACAACCUCGGCGUAACCGGCGUCCAAUUCGAAGAGCUCCUCUCCCUCGACCCCACAGCCCUCACCUCCCUCUCCCCCGUCUACGGCGUAAUCUUCCUCUUCAAAUACCCCACCACCGCGCUACCCUCGCCCGCUUCCGGCACCCCCCUGCCUGCUGCAGCAGAAUCCCUCUUCUUCGCCAAACAAACGAUCCAGAAUGCGUGCGGUACCCAAGCCCUGCUUUCCGUGCUGCUGAAUGUGGAUACAACUGCGCCGUCUGGGGAGGGCGUAGCGCUGGGAGCGGAGCUGGAGGGGUUCAAGGAGUUUACGAAGCAGUUCCCGGCGGAGUUUAGGGGCGAGGCACUCAGCAAUAGUGAUAGGAUUAGAGAGGUGCACAAUUCGUUCGCCAAAUCGUCGCCGUUUUCGAUGGAGGAACAGCACAGGGCUGCGGGGGAGGAUGACGAGUUAUACCACUUCAUCGCAUACACCCCCAUCGACGGGAUCCUGUACGAGCUCGACGGACUCCAAGACGCGCCGCUGAGCCAUGGGAGCUGCACGUUCGAGGAGUUUCCCGAGAAAGUUGUGCCGGUGUUGCAGGCGCGGAUUGCGAGGUACCCGGCUGAGGAGAUUCGGUUUAAUCUGUUGGCGAUGGUGAGGGAUCUGAGGAUCAGGGCGAGGGAGACGGGGGAUGAGGGGUUGUUGGCGCAGGAGGAGGGGAAGAGGCAGGAGUGGGUGUUUGAGAAUGCGUUGAGGAGACAUAAUUUUGUGGGGUUUGGGGCGGAGAUUUUGAAGGCGGUUAUGAGGGAGAAGGUGAAGGAGGGGAAGUAUGAGGAGUGGGUGGAGGGGGCGAAGAAGGCGUAUAAGGGGAGGGUGGAGGAGAGGAGGAAGGGUGGGGAGGAUGUGGAGAUGGCGGAAUAG